GACACUGAGUCCACUCUGCACUCCUGAGGGACGACUCACGACACUCCGAACUCAGCAGAGAGUAACCCGCGGUCGUGUGAGGUGCUUGUCAUUACGCUAUUCUCCAAUUCAUUUACGCAAUCGCGACUCUACCAUGGUUGACCAGGUGCAAGUAAUGUAUUAAAAAUAAAUCAACUUCGUGAAAAAUUUACGACAUCAAGCGCGAUUUACAGAUAUGUUUUUAAUUAUUGAAAUUUAGUAGAAUGUUACGGUUACAAAGUGGUUGGGAAGUUCUGAAACAACAAUUCUUUUUGAUAUCAUGGAUCUCAAUAGUAACAUAUCACUUUUACAAUUCAUUUAUUUAUUACAAGGAUGAGCGAAAAUAUUUUUAUGUAAGGCGAAUGCUUGGGAUCAGUUUCUGCGUAUCUCGUGCUACUGCGGCGGUCUUGAACUUGUGUUGUGCGCUAAUUUUGCUGCCUUUCUGUAAAAAAAUUAAUCAAAUGUUACACAAACCCUUAUCAAAAUUAUGGCCGAGACUGUUCUUCUUUUGGCUGGAGAAUGCAAAAUGUUUUCAUAUGACAGUGUCAGUUACAUUACUUCUCUCGGGUGUUACUCAUUCCAUUUCGCAUUUUAUCAAUUUAUGGAAUUUCUCCCGACAUUACGAUGAGCAGUGGACUGAGAUUAAUUUGGCUCGAUACAAAAACGAGAACCCUGUAUGUCUGUUGAUGACAGUAGCAGGCAUGUCGGGUCUGUUCAUGUUGCUGAUUGUGUUAUGCAUGGGCGUGACGUCACUCAGGAUAGUUCGACGGAGAGUGUACAAUGUCUUUUGGUACACUCAUCAGUUGUACCUUCUGUUCCUGGUACUCCUGAUCAUACAUCCGUUGAGCGGUGUUUUAAAAGAAGAAGUUGUAGAUCAAUUGAGUAUUAGUUCUAGUCAAGAGUCACUGAAUGAGACAGUUUAUUAUAAUGUGCCAAGAUUUACACCAAUCAAGUCAAAGACCUGGCUGUGGGUGUCCCUGCCGCUUACAUAUUACUUUAUAGAUCUCGUGUGGAGGAUAUUUGUGAGGAAUCAAAAAAAUGUUCAAAUUAUAUGGGUGCGUCAUAUGCCGGGGAGGACAAUUAGUUUGAAUUUGCGCAUCGGGGAACAGUUUUCGUGGCGCGUCGGACAAUACGUGCUGCUGCAGUGUUGUGAUAUAUCGUCAAUAGAGUGGCAUCCAUUCACCGUUGUUAAGAUUCCAGAUAAUGAUGGAGAACUCGAGGUUUGGAUUAAAGUGAAAGGAGAUUGGACCGAAGCGCUUGAGAAGCUACUACUGGAACAAGGCCACCACGACCUUUAUAUGUUGGUAGAUGGGCCGUUUUCAAGUCCAAUGGAAGGUAUCAGCCAACAGGAGAUAGCUAUAUGCGUUGCGGCUGGCGUCGGUAUAACACCCUUCGUAGCCUUGCUCAGACAUCUUUACAGAUAUCCUAGGAGCCAGUUUCCGGGAAGAAUUCACUUAAUAUGGAUAGUCCGUAACCAAAACGAAAUAUCUUGGCUGGCAGACCUAGCAAACAAAACUAUGUUAGAACUGAGAAACGCUAACAAACCAGAUAGACUACAUUUAGAAUUAUACGUUACAAGCAAUAAGCAUAUUAUAUGUGUCAAUGAAAAAGGUGUGCCAUUUAUAGCUAAAAACAACAAUGAUUUAACACUAUUUAAAUCGAAGAAUAGAAGAAGCUUUAUUAAUAAGAAAGCAAAUAUCUUCAAAAGUAAUUAUAUUAAAGAAAAGCUCUUUGUUAAAAUUAAUACUAAUAAAGAUUUAAGGGAACUAAACGGCAGAUUUUUUUUAAAUAAAGAUAAUAGUGGCCAUCUCAAAAUCAGUGAGGAAGAAAUGGCAUUGCUUACUCCAAAUCUGAAGCGUAACGUACUAGAUGACUGUGAGGCUAGAAGUAAUGUGGUACGAAAUAUUGAUGUUCUUAAAAACUAUCCACUUGUUGGAUGCCGAAUUAGAAGAGGAAGGCCGCAUUGGGAUAGAGUUUUUGGAUAUUGGGUUCAUCUUUAUCCAGGGUACCACAUAAACCUCUACUGCUGUGGACCAAAAACAUUAGUUAGGUUGUUGCGAGAGAAAUGCAAGAAUAUUAGUUCCAGUACGAAAACUAAGAUAACUUUUAUUCAUGAAUCAUUCUCAUGAGUUUUAUAGACUGAUUAAUUUUAUAUGUCUACUAUAUUGCAGAACAAUAAAUUAUUAUUACCUUUG